AUGACCACUUUUGAGCGGCUCUUCGGGGCGGAGCCGGCCCGCAAAGGGGCGCAGUCACCAAGCAGAGACCGACCUCCGUCGAUUCUCCCGAUCGGCGAAACCUCGGUGAGGCGCCCAGCGCGCAAGAGCUGGCCACAGGCCGCGGCGGCCAAGGGUCUGGACAUUGGCCUUUCCAACGAGGACUCCUCCGACAAGCUCCUGGGUCCUCGCAAGAAGAGGAUCCAGGAGCCCGGCUUCAGCCCAAACGUGGGCGGCGCGCUGUCACCCCGGAGCCAGGGCUGGUCAGGAAGCCCGAGAAGUCCAAGCCCAAGGACUCCGUUUGGCGACCUCCCGGACACCCCAGAGAAGGAGUGGCGGCCGCUGCGCAGAAGGCGUCCCUCCAACGAGAACGCCACCGUCUCCUUGCCCCCUUGGGUUCUGCCAGGGAAUGUCGUGUCUCCGCGCUCUGCCUCGCCCCGUUCGCCCCGCUCUCCUCGGCUAUCCUCCCCCGCAUCACCGGCCUCACUGUGGGUGCCGGAGAAGGAUCGGCGGGUCACGACUUGGAAUACUGGCUAUGACGUCGACACCUACAGGUACAUCAAGGUCUUCCCCGACUCCAUCCAAUACAAGAGCUGUUUGGCACUGCAGCCGACACGCAGCCCUUCACCCAGCGAUGUGGAGAAG